AUGCCUCCGUUGCAGGAUAUUGAGGUGCUUCAGUGCAACCUGAAUCAUGCCGCGCGUGCGCAGGACUUAAUGAUUCAGCACAUGGCAGAAUGGGAGGUUGCGGCAUCGGUGGUGGCGGAGCCGUACUUUGUCCCCCAGCAGGCGAACUGGGUGGGCGACAGAUGUGGCUCGGUGGCCACGGUAGCCAUAGUGGCACCAAUGGGGGGAGGCCUGCCCCUCUCCAGAGUCUCAAGCGGCCCUGGUUAUGUGGUGGCUAAAUUGGGGGACAUCGUGUUAGUGGGCGUUUACUUCUCCCCCAAUAGGCCACUGCAUGAAUUCGAGGCCUAUCUGGAGAGGCUCGGGCGGGCGGUGGCUGGCGCGGCUCCCUCCCCCAUAAUGGUCCUGGGGGAUCUCAACGCCAAGUGCGCUGCCUGGGGCUCCCCUAGGACCAACCCCAGGGGGACCGUGCUCCUCGAGUGGUUGGUCGGGCUGGGGCUUGAAGUGGUCAACCGGGGCACAGCCAAUACGUGCGUGCGCCUGGCGGGGGGGUCUAUCAUCGACGUGACAUUGGCCUCCCCAGCGGCGGCAACACGCAUUGCGGACUGGCGGGUCCUGGAAGACACGGAGACCCUCUCUGACCACGUAUACAUCAGAAUGAGGGUCUCCAGAGCCCGGCAUGGCCAACAACCAGGUCCGGCGAGGGGCACGGGGAGAUCUCUGAGGUGGAGUCUGGCCACCCUGGAUCGGGAGGCGGCCAGAGAGGCGGCCAUGGUGGAAGCCAGAUGGGGGCGUCAAAUGCCAGAGGAAGCCAAUGUGGACAAUAUGGCCCUUGGCUUCCGUGCUUCCCUCACACGGGCAUGCGACGCCUCAAUGAGGAGAGCGGGGCCUCCGCGGAGGAGAAAGGCGACGUAUUGGUGGUGUCCGGAAGUGGCCGCUCUCCGGGCUACCAGUAAUGCCGCGAGACGGCAAUUUACACGCUGUCGAAGGAGGCGGCACACCCAGGAGGAGCUGGAUGCAUACCACCUGGCGCUGAAUGAGGCCAAGAAGGCCCUCAACCUUGCCAUCGCCAAGGCCGCCCCCAUGGAUGCCAUGGACAUGGGGACCCUCCGGGGUAUCUUAGAAGGCCUGUUCCCUCCAGCCCCAGAGUUCGCUCCUCCUGCAAUGGUGGUCCCCAGGGAGGAGGAGCCCCUGGAUCCUGAGGAGGUGCCCCUCGUAACCGAGGGCGAAAUGGCCCGUGUCGCCCAUAGGGGAUGGACAGUUUCCAAGGUGCUGGAAAGAGGGAAUAGUGUGCCUCCUCCGGAAGGAGGCCAGGCCGGCGGACUCCCCAUCCGGGUGGAGGCCAAUAGUCCUGUUGGACGAGGCGGGGAAGAUGCUGGAACGCAUAUUGGCGUCAAGAAUAAACCGACACUACAGGAGACGGGCCCCAAUCUCACUGGGCGCCAAUAUGGGUUCCGAAGCGGCAGGUCCACGAUGGACGCAUUGGGGGCACUUCGGGCCUUCCGUGAGAAUGCUCUAAAGAAAGGGGAGGGUACCAUUGCGGUGUCUCUGGACAUCGCCAACGCAUUCGGUACCCUCCCGUACUCGGUGAUACGGGAGGCCCUGAGGUACCACGAGGUGCCCCCAUACUUGAGGCGAGUUGUAGACCACUACCUGUCAGACAGGGUGGUGGUCUGCAACACGCCUGAUGGGAGGUUGGAAAGGCGGAUGGCCUGCGGUGUUCCCCAGGGGUCGGUGCUUGGACCCCUGUUGUGGAACAUCGGCUUCGACUGGGCCAUCCGAGCAGAACUGCUCCCCCGGAUGGCCCUCAUGUGUUACGCCGAUGACACGAUGGUGGCCAUUCGGGGUAAGGACCUGGAGGAGGCAAUGCGGAGGGCGGAAGUGGCGGCGGACCUCAUGAUUCUUAGGAUCCGCCUCCUAGGACUGAGGGUCUCCCUCGCAAAGACUGACGCGAUAGUCUUUGCGAGGAGAGGUUGGAGGGUGCCCACCGGUGCUUCCCUCAGAAUAGCUGGCGGGGAUGUUCAGGUGAGGCCCCAUAUAAAGUACCUCGGCCUCACGCUGGACAGGAGGUGGAACUUCGGGGAGCACUUCCGCCAAAUUGCUCCCCGGGUAGUGACGGCGGCGUCGGAGAUGGGCCGGCUGCUGCCCAACGUGGGAGGACCCUCGCACGUGUGCCGACGCCUCUACGCAGGAGUGGCGCGCUCAAUGGCUCUUUAUGGGGCCCCGAUCUGGGCCGAUAAACUAAACCAAGAGAACAAGGCCCUACUGCGAAGGCCCCAGAGAGUCAUUGCCAUACGAGUGUGCAGGGCGUAUGUGUCAGUGAGCUGGGCGGCAGCGUGCGUGUUGGCGGGCACCUCACCAUGGGAGCUGGAUGCUGAGGUGCUCGCUGACGCGCACAGACGGAGGGUCAGGAGCAGGGAGACAGGCGACUUUCCUGCUCCUGAAGAAGUCAGGGAGGCACGCAGAACGGCGCAGAGGAGGUUGCGUGGAAAGUGGAAGGUGGACCUGGAGAAUUCCCCCUAUGGAACCUACACCAUAGGGGCAGUUCUCCCGUCGCUAGACCGAUGGCUGGACCGGACGCACGGCAGGGUUGGAUACAGACUGGUGCAGGUACUGACCGGACACGGAUGCUUCGGUCACUACCUGCACAGGAUCGGUCGCGAGCCUACCCAAUCCUGCCAUCAAUGUGACGAGACGGACGACACCGCCCAGCACACCCUGCAGGUGUGCAGCCGCUGGGUGGUGGAGCGGAGCGCGCUGGUGGCAGCCAUCGGGACAAAUGAUCUCUCGCUGCACAGCGUCGUGGCGGCCAUGUUGGACAGCGAGAGAUCCUGGGAGGCGGUGACCUCCUUUUGUGACGCGGUUGUCUCGCAAAAGGAGGUCGAGGAGCGGGAGCGCGAGGAGGACCCAAACGCGCUCCCGAUCAGGCGAAGACGAAUGGGCAGGAGACUUAGGCGGUUCGCCAUUGCGAACCGCGCUAUACCUCAGUAG